CCAUCUCAACCAACAAAAGCUUCCAUGGAAAUUAAAGACCCUUCAAAACGGAUGAAAACCCAAAAAACACUACACCCAGAAGAAGAAGAAGAUAGAAUAAGCUUAUUACCCGAUUCUUUGAUUAUCGAAGAAAUCCUAUCUCGUUUAGAGUACACAAAAGACGCAAUCAAAACAGUCAAUGCUGAAUUAGAUUAUACCAAGUUGGGGCACGAUGAGGUAACACGUAAAAUAGAGAGAGAAGAGAUGCUUAAAUGGUUCAUACUAUGCCUUCGCCACGUCAAAGAGGUCAAAGUUGGGACUUAUUGUUAUACGUUUCUUUGAAGAUCCGAUCGUCUCCUGCUUUGAACCCCUAGGUUCCGAUUAUAAUUAGGGUUUUGCUUGGUUGGAUCUCACGAUAAUCAUCAAGUCCCCCAAGUUUGGAGAUGAGGAAACACUAAUAAUUAGAAGAAGUGGCGAAGGAGACGAGAGAGAUUGGGAAGGUAAGGAUUUGCUGCUGCUCAGGAUUCACACUGUACGGACGAGUGUCUAAGAGAUUUGUGGAUCCUGCCGAUUUCUUCAACAGAAAUUAAGAAAUAGAGAAGCAUAACUUUUAGAAGGUGUUGUUCUUGCUCCAUCUUUGAAUCUUGAAAAGAUUAGGAGUCUUGCGUUAGGUUGUGACCAUGUCUGAUUCUAAUAAUGAGAAUGCCGAAGGAAGUGGUAGGAUUAGGACUAAGGCUAAGGUUAGCAAAGUUAGAAAACCUCCUGCCUUAGCUGGGGAUUGUUGUUCUUCUGUGACUAGUGAUAGCCUAGCAAAUUUGAUUGAGACCUAUCCUUGUCUUGCUAAGUAUAAUCCCACCGUUCCUGAAGAUGUUGAUAGGGUGAAUUUUCCACCUCCUGGGAAAGUUGCUUUUUAUAGAGACUACCUCACUUGUUCUGGUCUUAGGGUCCCCUUGACACCUUUCUAUCUUGAAAUUUUGUGUUAUUAUGGGAUUGGCCUUGCUCAGCUACACCCGAUUGCUGCUGGAAAGAUUGUGAGAUUUGAGUUGAUUUCGAAAGCUUUAGGACAACCUGUGUCUCUUUCUAUGUUUAGGAAAAUAUUUCUUCUUUCUAGACAGGGUGAUUGUUUCACCUUCCUCUACCGAGAUAACACUUUUAAGUUGAUAGAAACUCCCUCUAAGAUUAGUUCUUGGCGAUUUUACUUCUUCUUCUUAGAUGAUACAUUUCUUCCAACCGAUGAUAAGGAAAUUCUUAAGGAGGGGAAUACAGGUUAUAAUUCAGACAUGGUGGCUAAACUGAAUAAGAGGGUUGCUGAUGACCUGAUUGACCCUGACUAUAAUGCUAUGGAUAGAGGUGCUCACUCCUUGGGUCCUCUUACUGCCUUUCCUUCUUCUCAGGCUUCUGGUAGCCUUGAGGAUGGUAAUCUUGUCACUGAAGAUAGGGAUCCUCCAGUUACUGUUGAAGAAGAGGAUGAUGAAGAUGGUGAUUCUUACUUUGAACCUGUUGGGGAGAAGAGGAUAGGAGAUGAGUUAUUUAGCUCUCCUUCCAAGCUUCAGAAGACUACCCAUCCUACUUUUGCAUCUUAUGGGAGGAUGGGAGGUUUUACUCCUUACAAUCAAGUGGUGCAGGCUCUGACUGAGACCCAGAUUACUUCAGCACCCUUGAUGUUUCUUACUUCUUCUUCUACCCAGACCAUUCCAACACCUACUUCUUCUCUCCCACUUGGUGCUUCUUGCGGUUCCAGCCUUCCUAUUUAUGUUGACCGUAUUGUGGAGGAUGGUUAUUUUACUGGUUUUGGGUCCUCUCUUACAGUGACCCCUUUUUCUUCUGAGCAUAUGGGUGACAUAGACCGUCUUGCUCAGGCUAAGGUGAGGUCCAACACUCCUACUACUCCCUUUCAGCCCUCAAGGGCUGGGUCUACUGUUAUUCCCACUGAGGCAGGUGAUCUCAACAGGUCCAUCGGGAAUUUCUAUCUUGCUCAUAGGACAUCUAUCAAGGUUAAAGAUGAUGGUCAAAAUCCUGAGCAUGCCAAGAGUCUUUUGGAGGGCAUGAUUCCUCCCAUUCUCUCUGUCGAGUCUCGCUUUAGAGACAUUCCCGAGCUUUCCUGCAUUCAGUGUGUCAACACCCUUAAUUGUGUUGCUAGUAUUAUGGGAUUCCAGAAUGUAGCUUUGGGUAAGAUUGAGUCACUCACUAGUGAGGUUGAGAGGCUUAGGGGGGAGUUGUCAUCUCGGGAUGCUAGACUCACUUCUCUCACUAAGGAUUUAGAGGAGGAAAGGCUUAUUUGCAUUAGUCUUAGGGGGGAUAAGGAAAGGGUUGAUUUUGAGUUGGAGAGGGUGAGGAGUAGUCUUGAGUCUUUAACUCGAGAGAAUAUAAGUAUGGGUGAGAAAGUGUCUGAGUUGGAAAAUAGGACUAAUACUUUAGAGGUUGGCAUGGAACAUAAAGUUAAGGAGAUUCAGGAGCUUAAACAGGAGAGUAAGGAUUCCCUUUCUAAGUUGGAAGUUCAGGAUAAGGAGAUUGAGCGUAUGAGGUCUUUAUUGGACUUUUUUCCUGAGUUUUUUAAGGGUUUGUUUGGUCACCCCGAUAUUAAGGAAACUCUUUCCCGUUUUUUACUUUCUGCCCUUAAUCUCGGUGCUUGGGACGGUGUUUAUAGGAAGGUGACUUUCCGUCAUCGUAGUGCAGAAAAGGCUCGAGAAAUAUUUCACACUAUUGGGGGGUUAUGGCGUACUUAUAAGUUUCCCGUCUUGGAUGAUGUUGCUUCUUUACUUGGUAUGCCUGGUGUUUCUGUUGCAGACAUGUCUAGACUUAUCAUUAUUCCUGACACCCCAGCUGCUCAAUGUGCUGCCCUUAAAGCUAAAAUUCCUCAUCCAGGUCCUCCUCCAGGUCUUGCUGUUGCUUCUACUUCUCAAGCUUCUGUUCCUCCAUCCACUUCUGUUCCUCCAUCUACUUCUGCUUCUACCUCGACAGCUUGUCCUGGCUCUACUACUCAGGAUGUUCCGGAUUCAGCAGCUAUAGAGGAUGGUUAUGUUUAGCUUAGCUUAUUUUGUCACAUUUGUCAUGCAUUUUUAGACUUUGUAUUUUUUUAAUACUGGUUUGUAUUUCAAUUAAGAGAUUAUGUACUUGUGUUUACCUUUCCUUUGCAUUGGCUUGUAGCCUUCUAGUAUGAUUUUCUUAUUUAAAAUA